AUGGCCUUGAGUGCUUUGGCUUCCAUAGAGAAUGAUAGAGCUCGUUUAUCCCGACCUAUUCGAAGAACGAAGAAGAUGUCGGGGCAACGGCAGACCCACCGCAAUGGGAAGGACUACGUGGACACCCUCGUUCCUCUCGUCGACAUGGCCGAGCUGAAGCUCUGGUCCUUCUACAGAGCCAUCAUUGCGGAGUUCAUGGCCGCUCUCCUCUUCCUCUACGUCACGGUCACCACUGUCAUUGGCCAAAAGAAGCAGACCAGGCCUUGCGAUGGCGUCGGCCUCCUCGUCAACGCCUGGGCCUUCGGUGGCAUGACCUUCAUCCUCCUUUACAGCACUGCUGGCAUAUCGGGUGGGUACAUCAACCCGGCGGUGACAUUCGCGCUCCUUUUGGCGAAGAGGGUGAGCUUGAUCAGGGCAGUUUGUUACGCGAUCGCGCAGUUCUUGGGCGCGAUCUGUGGUGUAGGGUUGGUGAAGGCAUUGAUGAAGCCCUACUACUACUCGCUUGGAGGCGGUACCAACUCGGUGGCUCUGGGCUACAGCAUAGGCGCGGCUCUGGGUGCUGAGAUCAUCGGCACUUUCGUGCUGGUUUACACUGUGUUCGCAGCCACUGACCCAAAGAGGCUUGCCCGUGACUCUCACGUGCCUGUUUUGGCACCAUUGUCGAUUGGUUUUGCAGUGUUCAUGAUUCACUUGGCCACCAUCCCCAUCACCGGCACUGGGAUCAACCCGGCUAGGAGCUUUGCUGCUGCUGUUAUUUACAACAACCACAAAGUCUGGGACGACUAUUGGAUCUUCUGGAUGGGACCAUUAGCCGGGGCACUAGCAGCAGCAAUGUACUACCAGUACAUCAUCAGAGGUGGUGCCAUCAAGGCCCUCAAAUCCUUCCGCAACCGCCACCCCCACCAACGUAUCCAGGCCCAGCAGCAGCAACCCCAACCACAACCCCAGUAG